AUGAGUUCAAAAUUAAAUACGAUUGAAAUAUCUAUCAAAAAGUUUUCAAACAAUGCCACGCUAUUUGACGAGAGUCGGAUACAGCAGGUCAUGGUUGAGGACCACUUAUCAUAUGAUAUGGAUAUUUACUGGCAUUACUCACUACAAUUAAUUAUGGCAGCGGCAAUGCUGAAUAUUAACAAAAAAAUUGAGCAGAGGAAAGUAAAACAUACCCCUUUGGUGACGUCUGCCUGCUAUUCUAUCGGAUUACUCUAUGUAUUUCACCUCUUUGGUAUUUUAACUUUUUGGUAUGGAAUCAGCCAAGAGCUAUCCUCAUGGAUUGUACCAAAAAUCGUGCUCAAAUUCACUACAGUAUUAAUAUUCGUUGUUAUCACAUGUGUACUAACUUACUUCAUCACCAACAACCCUGCUUACGUUGGAAAAUUUAUAGCUAGGGGACUCAAUGUUGACUAUCUUGAUUAUGAAGGUGCGAUUGAUAUUGGUGCUACAGUACUCGUCACCGUAUCCGCUGCAAUGGCUAUGGGUCACAUUUGGCUGCUAGUGCUGCUAAUUGGUUGCUAUAAAGACGUAAGGAAGAAAGAAAUAGCACUGCUGGUUGAGAAAGCGAUGAAGAAAGAAAAAGCAAAAUUUGAGAAGCGACCAAGAGCAGGCAGAGAAGGGGGAUUGUACACGACGUUUAUAUAA